GUGGAAAAUUUUAAUUUCAAAGUGAAAGCUGUGUUCAUGGCCAUUAUGAUCAAGCGGAUAAUAGAAGCUGAAAAAAAUCCUCAACUUCUUGAUGAUAGAGAUUAUUAUGGGAAUAAAAGACUUGAAUUAGCUGGUUCUUUAUUAUCCUUGUUAUUUGAAGAUUUAUUCAAAAGAUUUAAUUUAGAGCUGAAAGAAAUUUGCAAUAAGUUACUGCCAAAGAUAAAAGCUGGGCCAUUUGAUCCUUUAAAGCAUAUGAAACCUGAUAUCAUUACUAAUGGAUUGAUUAAUGCUAUAGCAACGGGAAACUGGACAGUAAAGCGCUUCAGAAUGGAACGAAUAGGUGUGACUCAAGUUCUUUCUCGUUUAUCAUAUAUAUCUGCUUUAGGUAUGAUGACAAGAGUUAACAGCCAGUUUGAAAAAUCCCGAAAAGUCUCUGGUCCUAGAUCAUUGCAGGGUUCUCAGUGGGGGAUGUUGUGUCCAAGUGAUACUCCUGAGGGUGAGGGUUGUGGUUUAGUUAAAAAUUUAGCUUUAAUGACCCAUGUGACUACCGAUCUAGAAGAAGGUCCUGUAGCUCAGUUAGCGUACAACUUUGGAGUAGAAGAUAUUCAUUUGCUAAGUGGUCAUGAACUGUCAGAUCCUGAAGCAUAUAUUGUUUUUGUAAAUGGAAACUUACUUGGAAUCACAAGAGGAUAUGGAAAAAUAGUUAAAGCUUUCCGUAGAUUACGUAGAGCUGGAUAUUUGCACGAAUUUAUUUCUGUAUUCCCUCAUCAUACUCAUCGUUGUAUUUAUAUUGCUACAGAUGGUGGACGACUUUGUAGGCCAUAUAUUAUAGUUGAAAAAGGAAGACCCAAAGUUAUUGAAAAACAUAUCGAAGAAUUAGAGCAAAGAAUAAGAUUUUUUGGAGAUUUCUUGAAAGAUGGACUAGUUGAAUAUUUGGAUGUGAAUGAAGAAAAUGAUAGCAAUAUAGCUGUUUAUGAAAGUGAUAUUGAUAGUGAUACUACGCACUUGGAAAUUGAACCAUUCACACUACUGGGAGUCUGUGCUGGUCUAGUGCCAUAUCCACAUCAUAAUCAAUCUCCUAGAAACACAUAUCAGUGUGCUAUGGGAAAGCAAGCUAUGGGAACUAUUGGAUAUAAUCAAAAGAAUCGAAUGGAUACUUUGAUGUAUAAUCUUGUGUAUCCUCAGAGACCAAUUGUUAGAACAAAGACACUUGAUCUUAUAAACUUUGAAAAUGUGCCUGCUGGACAAAAUGCUACAGUUGCUGUGAUGAGCUAUAGUGGUUAUGAUAUAGAAGAUGCUAUUGUAUUAAAUAAAGCAUCCUUGGAUAGAGGCUUUGGAAGGUGCCUAGUGUAUCGUACAAGUAAGAGCACAGUGAAGCGUUAUUCUAAUAACACUAGUGACCUUGUAUUAGGUCCAAAAGUCGAUGCUGAAACAAGAAUACCAAUUUGGAAACAUCGUGCCUUAGAUUUAGAUGGAAUAGCUUCUCCUGGUAUACAAGUUCAGAAUCGACAAGUAUUGGUCAAUAAAUCAAUGCCUGCAGUUUCAGGUUCAAUACCAUCAGAUUCUCCUGCAACAGAACUACGAGAGCAGCAACAUAAAGAAGUUCCUGUUGUGUUAAAAGGAAUAUUACCUUCAUAUGUUGAAAAGGUAAUGAUAACAUCUGACAUCGAAGAAGAUUUCCUCAUCAAACUUCUUCUCAGGCAAACAAGAAGACCUGAAAUAGGUGACAAAUUCAGUAGCCGGCAUGGUCAGAAAGGUGUUGUUGGGCUCAUUGCAGAACAGGUGGACAUGCCAUUCAGUGAUCAAGGAAUCUGCCCAGACCUAAUAAUGAAUCCACAUGGAUUUCCUUCUCGUAUGACUGUUGGUAAAAUGAUUGAACUGUUAGCAGGCAAAGCAGGAGUAUUAACAGGUCAGCUAAAAUAUGGAACAGCUUUUGGUGGAGACAAAGUUCAAGACAUAUCUGAGGAUCUCAUAAAAUGUGGAUUUAAUUAUCUCGGUAAAGACUGCAUGACAUCAGGUAUCACAGGGGAACCUCUUCAGUCAUAUAUCUUUUUUGGACCAGUGUAUUAUCAGAAAUUAAAACACAUGGUAGUAGAUAAAAUCCAUGCCCGAGCAAGAGGACCUCGUACUGUCCUCACAAGGCAACCAACUGAAGGAAGAGCAAGAGAUGGUGGAUUGAGGUUAGGUGAAAUGGAAAGAGACUGCUUAAUUGGUCAUGGAACUAGUAUGCUCCUUUUAGAGCGAUUAAUGCUUUCCAGUGAUGCAUUUGAUGUGGAUAUCUGCAGCAAAUGUGGUCUUUUGGGAUAUUCUGGCUGGUGUCAUUUCUGCAGCUCAUCUUGUCAUAUAGCCUCAAUACGUCUUCCGUAUGCAUGCAAACUUCUAUUUCAAGAGUUACAGUCAAUGAAUAUUGUACCAAGAUUGAAAUUAUCAAAAUAUUUUGAAUAAAUAAUAUGUGUAUAUAUAUUUAUUUAUAUGUAAAAUAAAAUAUAUAAAAUGACAGAA